AUGGACCGCUCAGUGAAUGUGAUACAGUGCGCCGCUGCUCCAACGCGUAUUCAAUGCGAGGAGAUUAACGCGAAGCUUAUGCUUGGCGUCGGUGUGUUCGGUCUCUGCAUGAACAUUGUGCUGGCGGUGAUCAUGAGCUUCGGCGCCGCACACCCACACAGCCACGGCAUGCUGUCAAGUGUUGAGUUUGAUCAUGAUGUUGAUUACCACAGCCGCGACAACCAUCAUGGUCAUAGCCACCUUCAUCACGAACACCAACACCGUGACGGGUGCUCUCACUCCCAUGGCAACGGAGGUGCGGAUAUGCAACGUCUGGAGUGUGCUUCGCCAGAAUCUGAGAUGAUGGAGGAGGUGGUGGUGGAGACAACCUCUUCAAACGCGGAGAGCAUCUGCUCUCAUGAGCGGGGAUCGCAGAGUAUGAACCUACGUGCGGCGGUGCUGCAUGUGUUUGGCGAUUGCCUUCAGUCACUUGGGGUUGUGCUGGCUGCGUGUGUUAUUUGGGCAGGUAAUAACUCCAGUGUGGGUGUCCCCAGCAGUGCGCACAGCUACUACAACCUCGCCGAUCCCCUGCUCUCCGUCCUAUUUGGCGUCAUUACUGUGUAUACAACUCUCAAUCUUUUUAAAGAAGUCAUUGUCAUUUUGUUGGAGCAAGUGCCGCCCGCUGUAGAGUACACUGUUGCACGCGAUGCUUUACUGAGUGUAGAGAAGGUACAGGCUGUAGAUGAUCUGCAUAUUUGGGCUGUAGGGCCGGGAUUUAGCGUUCUCUCCGCGCAUCUGUGUACCAACGGAUGUGCAACGACCAGUGAGGCCAAUGCAGUUGUUGAGGAUGCAGAGUGCCGCUGCAGGCAGCUGGGCAUUGUGCAUACAACUAUCCAGUUGAAACACGCCGCUGAUGUUAGGAACACCGGGGCUUAA